UGGCUCAGAUUCAGUUGGACUUCAGUCUGAACACAGAGAGAGAGAGAUGUGGCUGCAUUCACUGCUGCUGUCGAUCGCCCUCAGCUGCUGCUGCUCUGCAGAACUUCCUGGUCCGCCAAUGAUCCAUCUGAACUCUAACUUCCUACCAAACCGAUCAGACGCAGUUCUGGCAGCUGGCUCCGCCUUCAGCCUCAGCUGCCAUGGUAACGGGUUGGUACACUGGUCCAGCUCUGCGUUCCGGCUGCAGUUUGAGGACAGUUUACCGGAUCCAGUGCAAGUGAGCAGGGCGGACCCCCGACACACCGGGACGUACCGCUGUGGGUACGCCAACCGCAGCCUGGAACACCUGCACACCUGGAUCCACCUGUACAUCACAGACCCCGCCCACCCCUCCAGCGUCUUCGUCACGCCUCGCAGCAGCAGCCCCAUCCUCAAGGAGGGCCAGGACUACCUGUUCAGGUGUCUGCUGACAGACCCGUCCCUCACAAACCUGACCCUCCAAUCAGAGGACAGGGGGCGGGGCCUGCCCCCAGGCAUGAAGGUGACCUUUGACCCUCGGAGUGGAGCACUGAUCCAACACCCGCAGAGGUCGUUUAGUGGACGCUACACCUGUUCAGGUUGGAAGGACGGGAGACUGUUCAGAUCCACACCUGUAGACCUGCUGGUGGUCCCCAGGCUGCGUCAUCCUCCCUCGCUGUCCGUCAGUCAGGCUGAACUUGUCCGUCUGGAAGGAGAGCUAUUUGAGGUCACCUGUCUGAGCAGUAACCCCUCCCACUUCUACAACCUCACCUGGACACACCCACAGAUACAGAAACUGAAUGCCACCAUCAGACGUCGCUACGGUAACAACCAGCUGUACAUCAACAGCACACUGAGCGUCUCCCCCGUCCACCUGCAUCACAGCGGACCGUACACCUGUACGGCUGUCAACGAGGCCGGGGUCGCCACAGCAACCACACAGCUCACUGUGCUGGAUCGGCCGAUCCUGAGGAUCUACCUGAGGCAGCCCGCUAACGGUAACACCACCAGCAGCUCUCUGGAAGCUAACGCUAGCGCUGAGGCUAGCAGCGCUAAUGUUAGCAGGGUGGAAGCGUACGAAGGCCACGACGUGACGCUGACCUUUGUGAUGGAGGCGUAUCCUCCAAUCAGGAGCCAGCACUGGACCACACCAGAACACAUCACCAAUGACAACAACACAGUGUACCAGGAGAGCAAUGCUGCUAACGGCUACAGGUCCGAGGCCAGUCUGCUGCUGCACCGGGUGCGUCAGGAGGAUCGAGGUCGAUACUCUUUUCAUUUUUCAAACUUGUUCUUCAAUGGCUCGCAGAACGUUGACCUCCAAAUCUACCGUUCACCGACUGUCGCCAUCUCUGUGGAAAACACCACUCUGACCUGCAGCAGCUCUGGAUAUCCGUUACCCACAAUCCUCUGGCUCACCUGCCCCGGCGUCCAGCCCACGUGCGCGAACGUCUCCACCAAUCAGGUUCCUUCUGCUGGGGUGACCUCACAGGCAGACGAGGAGGUGAGGACACACCUCCCUUUGUCAUCUGACGAUGAUGUCACCUUCGAGUGUGUCUCCUCCAACCUGGUGGGAGAGUCUCGUGUCGUCUUCAGUCCCAGCCCUGAACGUCUGGUCGUCUUCACGCCGGCUCUGAUUGGAGCUCUGAGUGUCAUCGUCGUCCUCCUCCUGCUCCUAUUGGUUGUCUUUUACAGGUGCAGACAGCAACCCAAAUACGAGAUCCGCUGGAAGAUCAUUGAGAGCACUGAUGGGAACAACUACACCUUCGUUGACCCCACCCAGCUGCCGUAUAAUCACAAGUGGGAGUUUCCUCGAGACAAGCUCCGCCUCGGUGCCGUUUUGGGCUCGGGGGCAUUUGGGAAGGUGGUGGAGGCGACAGCUUACGGACUGGAAACCGACAACAAGGUCACCAGAGUCGCCGUGAAGAUGCUCAAACCCAGUGCUCACUCAGAGGAACGGGAGGCUCUGAUGUCAGAGCUGAAGAUCCUCAGCCAUCUUGGUUACCAUGACAACAUUGUGAACCUGCUGGGGGCGUGCACUCAGGGAGGCCCCAUGCUGAUGAUCACAGAGUACUGUAGCCACGGCGACCUGCUCAACUUCCUGCGGGCUCAUGCUGAUGACAUCAUGGCGUCCAUGUUGAAUGUGGACAACUUGGAAGACAAGGUGUUCUACAAGAACAUGGCUGCCCAGAACGGCCGACUGCGGAGUGACAGUGGGAUCUCGUGCUGUUCUGAGUAUCAGGAGAUGCAGCCGUUUCUCAGUUCAGGACGAUCACACCUGGGUGGACACACAGACAAUCUCUCUGUCAGUGACCUCAUGAGGUUUUCUCACCAGGUGGCUCAGGGUCUCGACUUUCUGUCAACCAGGAAUUGUAUCCACAGAGACGUGGCAGCGAGGAAUGUCCUGCUGACCGACCAUCACGUUGCAAAGAUCUGUGACUUCGGUUUGGCCCGAGACAUCUGUAACGAUGACAGCUACAUCGUCCAAGGAAAUGCCCGGCUGCCGGUGAAGUGGAUGGCCCCUGAGAGCAUCUUUCAGUGCGUCUACACACUGCAGAGCGACGUCUGGUCCUACGGAGUCUUACUGUGGGAGAUCUUCUCUCUAGGUAAGAGCCCAUACCCCAACGUCUCCGUGGAUACCAACUUCUACAAGAUGAUCAAAGAUGGCGGCCACAUGCGGCGUCCGGACUUCGCCCCCGCUGAGAUGUAUCACCUGAUGACGCUCUGCUGGAGCCUGGAGCCCACCGACAGACCCACCUUCAAGGCGAUUGGCCAGCUCAUCAGCAGGCUCCUCCCCUCCAACAAAGAGGCGUCAUCGCAUCACAGCGAGCAGGCGGCGUACCGAAACAUCGACAAAUGCUCAGAAGAAGAGGAGGAGGAGGUCGGAGGAGAAACGCUGAAGAGAAGAGAAGGAGAAGAAGAGCGCUACGAGGAUGAGGAGGCGGACCCAAAGAACAUCUACCAGCUGUCAUGAUCCGCUCGUCCAAUCAGAACUCUCUGAGCACGAGCUGACGUCAUGUGACCAAUGAAUAAUGAACGUUCAAAAUGAAGCUUAUAAACGCUAACACAGCUGAUUUACUGAGAAUUUUACCAGAAAAAAAUAUAUAUAUAAUUUCUGAGAAGUCAAAUAACUAACAACCUCUGUAAAUGAUUCAAAAAUAUCCACCAACUAACGUGUUUAUUGUUUAAUCUUUGAAAUCAGUCAUGAAUGUAAUCAUUAAUCAGUAUCGUAAUCUCCUGAACUCUGUCAGGUUCUGAGCUUUUCAGCUAAAAUGAAAGAAUAAUUCUGUUUAAAUAUAAUUAGAGGAACCUCUAAUAGAACCUCUGUGACAAUGAACCAGUGAUUGUUUGAUCAAACUCUGUAGAUUCUUUAAAUCCUUUAAACUAAAUGAACGGAUGUUUUUUA